GAAGAAGAUUCAUCGUGCCGGUUUUUCCACGUUCUGUUACGGCGAACGUGACAAGUGACAAUAGGUUAGGUCGCGAACACAUCGAGAAAGCCAAACACAAUAAGGCAGACCAUGGCUCUACAGGCCAUUGCCAGAGUUAGCACUGUAGCCGCCGGAACGGGGGCCAUUCUCUACGCCCUCACCAGUCCUACCGAAACACUCUUCGCCGGUCAAACUUCACAGCAGCGACUGUCACCACCUGCGUCGUCACUAGAACCACAGCCGGCUUCCCACCAGCACCUUCCCACACGAGCAGAGCAAAUUGGCAAACUACGAACAGUUCCAGAGUUCGACGUGCUCAUCGUUGGCGGUGGUGCCAUAGCGUGCGGCAUAGCUGUCGACGCGGCGGCAAGAGGGCUUCUGACUGCGCUCGUCGACAUUGGAGACUUUGGCAGCGGUGCAUCGACACGGGGAACGAAGCUCUUGCCUGCCACUCCCCGAGGCUACCAGGAGCCAAUGGUCGCGUUCCACAUGAAGCUAUUUCGUGGAAACAAAACAAUGAUUGAAGAAAGAAGUGCGAUGUUCAACAAUGCGCCGCACCUUUGUUACCGCAUACCUAUUGUGAUUCCUGUGUAUGACUGGAAGAAAGCUAUUCAAAUGUGGAUCUACUUCAAAACUCAUUGGUAUGUCUUCAGGGAUCCGCCACUGAGCAAGUCACAGUGGGUUAGUAAACCUAAGAUACUACGGACGUUCCCGCUCCUGAAAAAGGAAAACUUGCGCGGAGCGAUUAUUAUACACGAUGCCUUGAUUGACGACAUCCGCAUGAAUAUCACGCUCGUGCUUACUGCCGCCCGUCUCGGAGCUGUGGUCGCCAACUACGUUGGUGUUCAAAGAUUCCUCAAGGACAACAUGAACCGUACCACCGGCGCAAUAGUUCGGGACGAAGUCUCGGGUAGCGCCUGGGCCAUCAAUGCGAAAUGUGUCAUCAAUGCAACGGGCAACAAUGUUGACAUACUGCGUUCAAUGGAUGGUAAUAGCAUACAGCCCAUCACCAAUCCCAUACUCAGCACAUACCUAGUCUUGCCAAAGUACUACGGUCACAUCUCCACGGGAAUAAUGUUCACGCACCGUCAAGCCCCAGCGGAGACUGUCAUUUUAUCGACGCCAUUCCGUGUUGGAAACCUGGUGGCUGGUGCUCACAGGAAACUGGAGCGAACCGACACUAAUAUUCCUUCUGUGAAGGACAUUGCUGGACUUCUUCAGGACUGGAAUGAUGUCACAGACAGCAGUCUCGCCAUGGCUGACCUCAGUGAGGUCCUUUCUGCUUGGAAUACAGUCACAUCAGUGCAGGUCUCACACACUGGGCGCGAAAAGCCUAUGAUUGAAGUCAGCCCAAGCGGUAUUGUGAGCAUAGCCGGUGGAGCAUGGAACGAUUACCGCCAUCUCUCGGAGACGGUGCUCGACACCGCUAUUUCCAGUUGCCCAAGCCUCGUUCCCAAAUCCCCUUGCAACACCAAGUCGCUAAAACUGCUCGGAAGCGCUAAUUGGAUGCCUACGUUGUACAUACAACUCAUCAAGAAAUAUAAGCUGCCAACCGACAUAGCGAAGCACCUAACGGAUCUCUACGGCGACGAGGCGCAUCAUGUAGCACGGAUAGCAGUCAACACCUGGAAGGGUAAAAGAUCGCAGAGUCCCGGCCAGGUACUUGUGGCUGGUCUAACAUUCAUCGAAGCUGAGGUGCGGCACGCUGUGCGUCGUGAGUACGCCAUCACUGCUGUAGACGUCAUCGCAAGGCGCUUAGGCGCGGCCUUUGAGGAUGCUUAUGCUGCAGAGACGAUGCUGCCACGAGUCAUAGAAAUAAUGGCUGAAGAACUGGACUGGAAUCUGGAAACACGUGAGAAGGAAUUCAACGCAGCUCUUAAGUUUCUCGAAGAGGAGAUGGCUCUCUCCAUAUGCCGUCCACGCCGGAAACAAUUAGCCUUCGUAUUGAACACGAACGAAUACAGCCGCCUCGUCAAGCUGUUUACAUUCUUGGACAAAGAUGGAGAUGGCUUGGUGCACUUGAAAACUCUGCGUCCUUUCAUACUACGAGAGCGUUUCCAUCCUGAGAACGUACUUGGCAUUCUGAUGAGAUGCAUCGUAAACAUAGCUACUGUGGACGACCCUAUGGAAUACAUCAUGACUGACUAUUACGUUCCCAAGCUAUAUCGGGCAUCUUUUAAGAGCGGGUACACGAAAGGCAUCGAGCUGUACGACCAAAGGAUGCAUGAUCUAGCCACAUCGGGAGACCUCAGCAAUGCGGUGCUGGAAGCGAUCUUGACGGAGAUGGAGGAUUCCACUAGAGGGUCCAUGGAACUUGGAGAUUUCCUUCUCUUCAUGAACAGCCUUAAGGCAUCCCUAAUGCGGCAGCGGAAAGUCUUCAAGGCCAGAGCUCGCCAAGUCGACCAGGAAUCUCUUCCGUCGUCUCCCCUGCCAGGGAUGCACGUUGACGAAAAUGAACCCACCGCGGAACUGGACAGCUGACUUGCUACCUCUUCACUGGAGAUUGUACGACGUGGAAAUCGCGAUUACUGUCCGAAUAAAAAUUAAAAUUACGUUCAAGAUA